CACUAGUUAAAAUCAAAAUGCAAAAGUGCAGCCAUAAAGUCCAAUUCUGUCUUUAGCAACAUGUAUGGCUGAAGCCCUAGAAUCUAUAGGACCACUCAGACAUAACUGAGGACAGAAUUUAGUCCUUACACUCCAUUUUUUGUACAUCUGGGGAUAGCCCAUCAAAAGAAAUUGAAAGACUAAAAUACAAAGUUUAAGUUAGUACCAGUGAACACCAUUAAAAUGAACCUAUUGCUUGGUGAAGUGAGUAGUAUGACAUCUAACUAUCAGAGUUAUGUGUUGUUAUGAGCAAAAUAGGGGCAAGUACUAUUUUUCCUUUGCAACCACCUGUGUGAAACGGAGGGAACAGCUGAAAAUUUGGCCCUUUAUUUAUAUGACUACAUGGCAUUAGAUUUUCUUUGUCCAUAUGCGGAGUAGAGUAGAGUAUUAUGUGAGCAUUCAGAAUAUAUGAAGGGUUAGAGGCAAAGUCCUCCUAGACAUUUAGAUUAGAGAUGCAAUCAUCACCUAGACAAUCACAAGCAAUGAUCCCCACCUUGCUGAAUGAUGUACAGGGUGUGUAUAGUACCCCUGUGGAUCGGAGAUAUACUGUAGGCCCAAUUAGCAUACAGCUUGUGCACCCAAUUUGUUCUCAGGAACAUCCAUUGAAUUACUUUGAAUAAAAAUUAAUUAAAAUUGUUCACCAGUAAUUCACAAGUGAAAAAAAAGAGCAAGAUUAUCAUAUACAUUCUCCGCUAUGAAUAGGUCAUCCAGUUUUAGUGGUGAGUGCCCUGAGCCAGCUGUGAGACUCAGCUCUGUUUCCACAGGUGUGCCACAAAAUACACAGAUGAUAAACAGCGUACAGAUAAAACAAGGACAGGAGAAUAAUCAAUCAGUUAAUGAAGGGCUGCUUUGCUGUGUGAUUAGUAACAAACAGGAUAAACUGGAUUAUAAAAGCAGAUGAGAAUAAUCACACUCCCUCUAUUUCUAAGAAAAUGUGGGCUGUAUUGGUUCUUGUAGGUGCUGCAGCUGCUUCAGCUCCACUUCACAGUCACAACUUUGACGGAGAGAAGGUGUUUCGUGUAAUACCACACAAUGAAGAGCAGGUAGAAUUCCUCAACACCUUGGCCAGCAACAUGCAGAUUGAUUUCUGGAAUCCAGAGACCAUCACACAAGUAAAACCAGAAAUGAGAGUUGAUUUCCGAGUUGAAGCAGACAAGUCCUCUGAUGUUGAGAGUCUCCUGGAGCAGAGUGGAGUGGAAUAUGAAAUUCUGAUUGACAACCUGAAGAUGGUACUUGAUGCUCAGUUUGACAGCCAUGUUCGUGCUACUGGACACAAUUAUGAAAAAUACAACAACUGGGAAACGAUAGCUGCUUGGACUGCUGACAUUGCUGCUCAGAACGCAAACCUUGUCUCCCGCACUGAGAUCGGGACUACAUUUCAGGGACGGCCCAUAUACCUCCUGAAGGUGGGGAAAAGUGGUUCAAACAAAAAAGCGAUCUUUAUGGAUUGUGGUUUCCAUGCAAGAGAGUGGAUCUCCCCUGCAUUCUGCCAGUGGUUUGUGAAAGAGGCUGUUAGUACCUAUGGAAGUGAUACCCUUAUGACACGUCUUCUCAACAACUUGGAUUUCUACGUCCUGCCUGUCCUUAAUAUUGAUGGCUACGUCUACACCUGGACCAAUUACCGCAUGUGGAGGAAGACACGUUCCACAAACUCUGGCAGCAGCUGCAUUGGUACCGACCCCAACAGGAAUUUUAAUGCUGGGUGGUGCACAGGUGAUAAUGCCUCGAAAAGACCAUGCGAUGAAACUUAUUGCGGCAGCGCCCCCGAAUCUGAAAAAGAGACCAAGGCUCUGGCUGACUUUAUUCGUAAAAAUCUCUCCACUAUCAAGGCAUACUUGACUAUUCACUCCUAUUCCCAGAUGCUGCUGUUUCCUUAUUCUUAUACUUACUCCGUUCCAGAGGACUAUGCAGAGCUGAAUACCAUUUCUAAAGCUGCAGUUCAAGAGCUGGCUUCAUUGUAUGGCACAAAAUAUAUCUCUGGUUCAGGUGCUUCAACAAUCUAUCUUGCUGCUGGUGGCUCUGAUGACUGGGCUUAUGAUCAGGGUAUCAAGUACUCCUUCACCUUUGAGCUCCGUGAUAAAGGCAGAUAUGGAUUUGCACUCCCUGAAUCUCAGAUAAAGCCAACCUGUGAAGAGACUGUGAAAGCUGUUAAAUAUAUUGCCAAUUAUGUCCUUGACCAUUUAUAUUAGAAUGGUACUACAAAAUUAUUCAAGAAAACUUGUUUCAAAUAUACUGUCCCUUCUGUUCUCUUUCCCUGAUGGCUGACGAUUUCUGCUUUACAGGAUGCUUUACACUUGAGCUCUAGAGCCAAUGGAAAUAUCUUGGGAUUUUUCUAUUAAUCACAAAUAAAAAUGGCAAUGACUC